UCAAAGCCAUGGCAUUCCUCCUAAACUUUGCCAUUGUCACCGCCCUAUGCCUGGCCAGCCUCUCGCUUUAUCGCUAUGGCAACAUACCGGAACAGCACUUGGUGGUCACCCUUUCCGUGCUAACUGCCUGGUGUUUCUCCUUCCUAAUUGCCUUUAGCAUUCCGUUGGAUGUGACAUCGACCCUGCAUCGCCAGUGCUUGGAGGAGCAUCGAUCCAGCAUCGUUGACUUUGGCAAUGGCAGCAAUGUCAGCGAAUGCCAGGCACCUUGGGGCAUGGUCUCCGACCAUGUCUUUCCCAAUCUGUGGCGCAUCAUCUAUUGGAACUCGCAGCUCCUCACCUGGCUGAUCAUGCCACUGAUGAAGUCCUACCUAAAGGCGGGCGAUUUCACGGUCACGGGAAAGCUCAAGUCGGCGCUAAUCGAGAAUGGGAUUCCUUAUGGAUCAUUUUUGUCCAUCUGCGGAUUACUUCGUGGCUACAUUGCUGUGAAGGGCGAGGAAAUGGACUGGGAGAAACUAAAGGCCAUCGCUGCCUCCACCUCUAAUACCUGGGGCCUAUUCCUGCACAUCCUGCUGUUGGGUUAUGCUCUGGUUGAUGUGCCCCGUUCGCUGUGGAACAAUUCCAAGCCGGGAUUUGCCCUGCAAUAUGCUUAUUUCAAGGCGGCCAAGCUGUAUGCUGAGAAGUCAGAUGCCGAGGAGCAGGUGGACUACAUUCUGGAGUUGGUGCAGGGCUUGAGCCAGGAGAUUGCCAUCAAUGACGAGCUUCUGCGACCCAGCCUGGAGGCCAUUCAGCGCAAGAUACCCGUCGAGCUGCAGGAGAAGGCCAGACACAACUUUUCCCGCACCGGAGACUGCUCCACCAGGAGCACUAUUUUGCCCUCUGAAAAGUCUCUGGUUCGCAUCCAUGCUCAGGUAAUCAAAGCCUUGCAGACCCUCCAGCGUGCCGAGGCUUUGUGGAGUGUGCAGGUGCAGGCGGUGCUGCAUCUGGAGGAUGUGAACAGGAAUAUGUAUUCCUCGGAGAGAAGCUUCAAGGCCGAGUUCCCGCAGCAGCGAACGCAGCUGGUGGGUAUGUGCCAUAGCUCUAAGGUGCAGUGGUACUGGGAGUGCCGGCUGAAAAUGCCAUUCCUCCGGAUGAUGUCCUUUCUCACCGCCACCAUGUCCGUUAUGGUGGUGUGGAGCGAGCUGACCUUCUUCUGUCGCCGUCCCGUGCUCUCCAUAUUUGCCAAUGCGAUUUAUGUGGCCAAGGACAGCUACAACUUCUUCACCAUUGAGCUCUUCUCGACCACAAUCCUAUGCUAUUUCUUCUACUGCACCUACUCCACCAUCCUGAGGAUCCGUUUCCUGAACCAAUACUAUCUGGCGCCGCAUCACCAGACCAACGAGCUGAGCUUGAUCUUUAGCGGCAUGUUGCUUUGCCGCUUGACCCCGCCCAUGUGCCUCAAUUUCCUGGGCCUCAUCCACAUGGACACGCACAUUAUUCCCGAACGCAUCAAGGAGACUGCGUACACCCGGAUAAUGGGUCACAUGGAUGUCAUCGGCAUCAUAGCGAAUGGUUUUAAUAUUUAUUUUCCAAUGUCUAUGCUGGUCAUUUGCCUGGCCACGUGGUUUAGUUUGGGGAGCCGGUUCCUGAAUGCCCUGAAUGCUCUGGGGUUUGAACAGUUUCUGCAGAACGAAAGGAUUACCACGGAACUGGUGCAAGAGGGAAUAGCACUGAUGGCGCGUGAAAAGCGAAGGCUGCAGCGUGCGGAGCUGGCAAUGGCCAGUAGGAGGAAAUUCAAUCGAUGGGAGAUGAUGUUGGGAGAAGGAGCAGGAGGAGAAAAACCUGGUGCCCUUUGCUCUCCCACAGAUGGACUGCUUGUCACUGGCGACCCUAGCUUGGACUAUGCGGCUGUGGCUUCUUCGCCAGCCUUGGUCUUGCCCAGAUUUCUGUCGGAGGAGAUCACUGACGAACGGUUUGGUGAGAGCAUCCAGGUACAGGUGGGUUUCCGGAAUCCUAACAAUGGACUGAAGGGAGAAAACGACCGGGGGAUGAGGAGUUCACCACCCCGAAGACUGUUUGACGAUGUCUAGGUUCACCCUUUCGAAUGAAUGAAUGAAAGACAAGGACUACUAUACACUUUUUCCCACCCAAAACCACAUUAAUAAUGUAACCUAUUUUACACUCCUGCACAAUCCACACAAAGAUGGACACUGGCUAUGCCCCAGGCUAAUGUAUUAUGUACUUUAACUCUGUGCAUAUUCAGGUGGCUAU